GUCCGAUUCCGACGUCAUCUCAACCCGGAAGUACCGGUCUGACAACAAGGGCAGAAGCAGCUGCGUGCUCUCUUGACUUGUCAGCUCGGCAUGGCGGCUCCGGUGCUGCUGCUGUUGAGAGCUCUCCGCCCCCCUGUGUCCGCGGCUUCCAGCAGGUUCCCAUCUCUGGAGCCAGUUCUCCCGCCGUCUUCAUGUGUGGUGUCCUCAGGGUGGAGGACUCCUCCUGCCCGGACACUGCAGCUGUGCCCCGCUUUGUGUGCCGGACAUAACAAGUGGUCAAAGGUGAAGCACGUCAAGGGACCAAAAGAUGAGGCGAGGGGGAGGAUGUUUAUGAAGUUUGGUAUGAUGAUAAGAAUAGCUGUCAAAGAAGGUGGAUCUAACCCAGAGCUGAAUCUAAAUUUGGCCCACAUACUGGAGCAGUGCAGGAGCAAGAACAUGCCCAAAGCAUCCAUAGAUGCUGCAGUCAAGAGUGCGGAAAAGGCCAAGCCAGCAUCUCAGCACAUGUUUGAGGCUCGGGGACCCGGCGGGUGUCUGCUGCUUGUCGAAGUCCUAACCGACAACAACUCACGCACCCACCAGGAAAUCAAACGCCUGCUUAACAAGAAUGGGGGGAUGCUGUCAGACGGAGCCCGGCAUAACUUCCAGAGGAGGGGAGUGGUGGUCGUGCCAGGUCAGAACAUCACCACGGAGAGAGCACUGGAGCUGGCCAUCAAGGCUGGAGCCGAAGACGUCCAAGAGACGGAGGAUGAGGAGGAGAAGCCCCUGCUGCAGUUUCUCUGUGAUGUGGCUGACCUGAAUAAGGUGAGGGCCUUGUUAAAGGAGCUAGGAAUAGAGGUUUUGUCCUCUGGGCUGGAGUUUGUUCCCCGCACACACGCACCCCUGGACGAGGAUCACCUCGAUGCUGCUUCAAUUCUAAUAGAAGCCCUCAAUGACUGUCCAGAUGUAGUCAGAGUGUGGGACAACAUCCAGGCUCACAGCUGAGGACAGUCUCUGGACACUAGGUGGACACUAACUGUGGAAUAUUGGAGACAAAGGAUUUGCCAGCUGACACCUCAUGGGUGCCGAUACUGCAUGUUAUCAAUAAGAACAGAGUCUUGAAAUUAAAAUUGAGUCUGAAAGUGUGACUGUAUUA